GGGGGCAGGAACUGGUAGGAGAGGGUUAGCGAGGUGCAGGAACUGGUUAGAGAGGGGCAGGAGCGGGUUAGAGAGGGGCAGGAACUGGUAGGAGAGGGUUAGCGAGGUGCAGGAACUGGUUAGAGAGGGGCAGGAGCGGGUUAGAGAGGGACAGGAACGGGUUAGAGAGGGACAGGAACGGGUUAGAGAGGCGCAGGAGCGAUUUAGAGAGGGUUAGAGAGGGGCAGGAGCGGGCUAGAGAGGCGCAGGAAACGAGCAUGAAGCGCUGGAAGGGCUGCCACUGGCUGCUGCUCGUCUCGGUGCUAGGGGUGUUGGCGGUGGUCGGGGUGCUGGUGUAUGUGACGAGGAGAGACUGCUGCCACAGCCAAGCUCUCUACGCACACGCCGCCGUGGCCGCCGAUUCCUCGACGUGUUCCGACAUUGGCAGAGACAUCCUCAAGCAGGGGGGCUCGGCAGUCGACGCAGCAAUCGCUGCCCUGCUCUGCAGUUCCCUGGUCAACCCCCAGAGUCUGGGCAUUGGCGGAGGAUCCAUCUACACCAUCUACCAGGCGACCACAGGCCGUGUAACAGUAAUUAAUGCAAGAGAGGUUGCCGCUAAGAAUCUUCAUCCAGGCAUCUUUUCAAGGUGUCCAAACGUCUGGCCCAUCCCAGGUGCUCAGUGGAUCGGUGUGCCAGGAGAAAUACAGGGUUACUGGGAGGCACACCGGCAGUUUGGCAAAUUGCCCUGGAAGCGCCUGUUCCAACCAGCCAUACAGCUCGCGAGGAAAGGAUUUGAAAUCACCCCCUAUUUAAAAAAAUUCCUCGAACACGAGUACCUGAAACCGCAAUUACUUAAGAGGAAGAUCGGUUCUUUAUUUUACGACGGUAAUGGAACCCUGCGUAAGACAGUGCUGUACGCUCAGCUGGCAAAAACGCUGGAGACCAUUGCGAAACAAGGGCCGGGGGCUUUCUAUAAUGGAAAUAUCGCACAGGACCUCAUCAAAGAUAUCAUGAACGCAUCUGAUCACCAGGAUUCAGCAAGCAACCUCACACUGGAGGAUUUCCGACAAUACAAGGCGGUGGUGAUGGAGCCGCUGACUGUUUCCCUGGGGAACUACACCAUGUACACUCCACCCGCACCCUCGCGAAGUGCCAUCAUCAUCUUCAUGCUCAAGAUAUUGGAAGGAUUUAAAUUCACCCCCAAAUCAUUGGAGGAAGAUCAGAAGGUCGAAACCUAUCACCGAAUAAUAGAGUCCUUGAAGUUUGCAAAUGGAGGGCAGGACAAGAUAAGUUCUGUCAAAAUAUUGCCACAGCGUUUGGAGCAGUUUGCCCAGGCUGCCCGCAAGAAGAUCGACGGCAAAACCCAUCCGCCAGAAUACUACAGCAACAUCUCCGGGGCAAAAGAGAGCUAUGGCACCAGUCACGUGUCAGUCAUCGACAGCGAGGGUAAUGCUGUCUCCGUCACCAGCAGUAUCAACCACCCGUUUGGUUCGAUGGUCUACUCAGAAAGCACUGGAAUCAUCCUGAACGAUCAGCUGACUGACUUCUGUGGCAGUGGAAAUUCAGAAGUGGCAGGUCUGCAACCUCCAUCCUCCAUGUCUCCCAGCAUUCUGCUGUCCAAGGACGGAAAGUCGAUGAUGGUGUUGGGAGCAUCCGGCGGGAGCAUGAUCACCAGCGCCAUCGCUCAGGUCAUUACCAACAAGUUAUGGUUUGGACUCAACAUGAAGGAGGCCAUCACGCAGCCACGGAUUCACGUGACGGGCAAAAAUGUUGUGCAGUUUGAAAACUUAUUUGAUGGUGCCGUGAAGGAAGCGCUGCACCUGAAGAAUCACAAGUCGGAGAACCCCUUGCUGCUGCCCUCCGUGGUGCAAGGGAUAUUCCGGGAUCACGAUUGCAUCGAGGCGGUGUCGGACAAGAGGAAGAACGGGACAUCUGCCGGCUACUAGCCCGGGGGUCCCCAGCUGUAAUGGUGGGGAAGAGGGGCGAUGUUGGAUCCACCUCGUGGAGUUCCCCGGUUGAGGCCGCUGUACCCCCAAUAAACAAUGGUGGGCGGCGAGGUUCCGGAGAAAUUGUAGGAAGGAACUGCAGAUGCGGGUUUACACCGAAGAUAGACACAAGAUGCUGGAGUAACUCAGUGGGGGCAGGCAGCAUCUCUGGAGAGAAGGAAUGGGUGACGUUUCGGAUCGAGACCCUUUUUCAUUGCUUCUAUAUCCACAGAUGCUGCCUGUCCCGCUGAGUUAUUCCAGCUUUUUGUGGCAAUGUUCGGUUUAAACCAGCAUCUGCAGUUCCUUCCAAAACAUUUCACUCUUUACAACCCGUGCCAGUCCCUCCCGCCCGUUACUGUGCUGGGCAUUGGGCCCGUGUUGAUGGACACUUUAAUUCUCCUUCCUAUUCCUGCACAGACCUUUCCGUCCUCGGUCUCCUCCAUUAUCAGAGUGAGGCGAAACGCAAAUUGGAGGAACAGCAUCUCACAUUUCGCUUGGGCAGCUUACUGCCCAGUGGG